AUGGCCGCCUUCUUCAAGGAUAUCCUGGGUGGGGCAAAGGCGAGUGUGUCUUCGGUCGCCUCCAGCAAUGACGACUUUGCCGACUUUGCGACAGCAGCAGCACCGCAGGCAGCCAGCCAUGUCGCCUCCUCCGCUGCCUCCGCCCUCUCCGACGCCGCGGCAACUUCCACCGCGCAAGCAUCAACACCGGGCUCCUUCUUCAACAUCAACGCCGGUUCCAUGGCCGGCCGGCCGUAUACGAAGUGGUAUCGCGUGUGGGAACGCGUAACGAUUGCCGACUUUUACCAGGAACUCGCCAUCAUCCCGAUCCUCAUCGUAAUCAUCCUCGUCAACCUCUGGGGUGCCAACGCAAACCGCUCCCGCGCCAAGGAUUGGGCUCGUACCUAUCUCCCAAUCCUCAGCGCCGAGUUCGCCGCUGUGGGAUUUGGUCGCAGCCGGCGACAGCCAUCUAUCGAUGAUGCCGAUCUUUUCAAGGAGAAGAGCAAGAACGAGUUCACCACCUACUGCUCUGGAAGGCAGAAUGUUGCUACUCUGGACAUCAAGCUGAGUCUGUACAAGAGGUACAACCCAGUGCUGUGGUUCGGUGAGCUAGCUCUGAGCUUCUUCUUCGACUCUUUCACCGCCCCGGUGGAACGAAUGGAGGCUAUGGCAACUUGCUUUGACGGCAAGGAGAAGAGCCUAGUGCCCGCGYAGGCUCAGGGCCAAGGUCUGGCUUUGGGCGGCAGCAGUGCGUACGACGGCUUUGUGUGGGCUAUUGUGCACAAGGACAAGAUGCGGGCGUUGAGAGAGGAGAGAUACGACGUGAGCUUGACUACAACAAAGGACCACCCGAAAUUGCCAGCUUGGACUACCGUUAUGAGCKAGAGCUCCGAGAUCACCGACGCCCUCCUCACCCCUGAGCUGAUCAAGGCAGUCACGGAAGCAGGUGAUGAUUUGGAGGCUUUAAUCAUCUCCGAUCAACCGGUGGAUGCGCCGAGGAAACUGAACGACACCAUCGCGCCAAAACGCAUCUCUCUUGCAACUCGCCUACCUGCUUCAGGGGCUCCACCCUCGGCUUUGUUCAACUACUUCCUCCGUCUUCCCGACUUGCUGGUUUCUCAGGCUCACUUCCGUCCCGAAGCCAUGCGCAAAGUUCGGGCAACGCGCGAGGAGGAGGUGCGCAAGAUUCGUAAAGCCGAUGAGGACGAGAAGGCGGAAGAGAGACGGAACGUCACAGAGAAGCUGAAGAAGGAGGAGCGCGAGAGAAAGUUGAGCGCGUUGAGUGCGACUGAUCAAAAGAAGUUCUUGGAGAAGGAGAAGGAGAAGCAGCAGAGAAAGCAACAGAAGAAGCAGAGCGUGAAGGGCUAG